ACAACAAAGGUGAUCCACGGCCACAUCUCCGACCGAUAGCGGAGAAUAAUUCCGGUUAACCGGUAUUGGCUGCUCUUUUUCGGGCAAAUCAGUUUCCAUUCUAAUUCAUAUAUUUCUUUACAUCAUUCGUGAGUGUUGAGACUACACUUCGUUCAAUCUGUCUUGAAGAUGACGAUAACAUCAUCCUUCUUGAUUCGUCAAAAAAAAAGAAAUGGAGAAAACAUAAAUUUCCUGAACAAUAAAAAUGUAGAUAGACUGAAUUGUAGGACAGCAAUCUGCUUCUUAAGUAAACCAGAGUAGAGAAAACAGUUGCAAACAUGUCAACUCAGGUUGUUAUGGUGCAGUUUGUUUCUGGACUGAAAAGUCGUAAUGAAGAGACAAGAAUCAGAACAGCCAAUGAACUGCAUCAUUUUGUCAGCACAGAGCUUAGAGAAAUGCCACUGGAGGAGCAUACACAUUUUAUGGACCAAUUCAAUCAUCACAUCUUUGAGAUGGUCUCCAGUUCAGACCUCAGUGAACGGAAAGGAGGAAUUCUUUCUAUAGUGAGCUUGAUUGGAGUAGAUGUAGGUAAUACUGCAACGAGAAUCAGUCGUUUUGCCAACUACUUACGUAACUUGCUACCAUCGAAUGAUGUGGGUGUGAUGGAGAUGGCAGCCAAAGCCAUGGGUAUACUAGCAUUGUCCUCUGGUACUUAUGCAGCGGAGUAUGUAGAGUUUGAGGUGAAACGUGCUCUGGAAUGGUUAACUGGAGACAGGAAUGAGGGGAAAAGACUAGCUGCAGUGUUGUGUUUCAAAGAACUGGCUGUAAACACUCCUACCUUCUUUUUCCAACAAAUACAGCAGUUUUUAGACUGUAUAUUCACAGCUGUCAGAGACCCAAAGCCCAUGAUUCGGGAAGGUGCUGUGGCAGCAUUGAGGGCAGCUUUAGCGGUAACGUCACAGCGUGAAGGAAAGACCAGCCAGACUUCACAGUGGUACAAGCAAUGUUUUGAUGAGGUAGACAAAAUGUAUGAUGAUACAAAUGGUCGAGAGAAAAAAUUAACGAAAGAAGAUUGGGCCCAUGGCUCUCUCCUGAUUGUUAAUGAAUUACUCAGGUGCAGCAAUGUGGAAGGGGAGAGACUUAGAAUGGAAAUGGAAGAGAUAACUGCACAGCAGUACCUGCAUGAAAAAACACUCAAGGAGUUUUCCAGAAAUAAAAUGCAAGGGAGCUUAUUAGCAUUACAGCACUUUCAGCAGAAGUCGUCUCCCCUGAGCAGUUUCAGUCUUGGAGGGAGGCAGAUUACGCGCAAACCGACAUUGUUCGAAAGCAGAUUCUGUAAGGAAUUGAUGGCAGAAAACUUUGACAAGGUAUGUGGACUGGUGUUGCGUCACAAGUCGAGCAGAAGUGUAUAUGUACAACAGACGCUGCUUAUAGUGUUUCCUAGACUGGCAGCAUUCAAUCCAGAACUGUUCUGCAGGCUGUACUUAGAUGAAACAAUACAUUUUCUGCUGGGUGCCCUCAAGUCUCAGCGUGAGAAGACGACAGCAUUCCAGGCUAUAGGUCUUCUGGCGAUAUCUGUACAUCAGAAAAUUGUGAAGCACAUCCCCCGUAUUAUGGAGAUAGUUAGAUUGUCUCUGCCGUCAAAGGAUACCCAGACGAAGAAACACAAGAAUUUUGUAGUAGAUCCAUCAGUAUUCACAUGCAUAAGCAUGCUGGCAAAAGCUAUAGGACCAGGAAUGCGUAAGGAUGUACAUGACUUACUGGAGUCCAUGUUGGUCACAGGGUUGAGCCCAGCACUAACUGCAGCACUGCGGGACCUUGCAGCACAGAUUCCACAACUGAAGAAAGAGAUACAAGAUGGACUGCUGAAGAAUCUUUCUCUUAUACUGAUGGGACGUCCCUUGAAACACGCUGGUGCUCCAAGAAGUCCCGCAACGCCAGCACCAGCUUCUGUAUCAUCAGCUUCUGUCGUGGAGGGUCAGGAUGUCACCAGUAUCACCCUGGCAUUGAAAACACUUGGCAGCUUCGACUUUGAAGGGCAUUCUCUGACACAAUUUGUGCGACACUGUGCAGAACAUUAUCUGUCUAGUGAGCACAAGGAGAUUAGGUCUGAAGCUGUGAAAACAUGUGCUAGACUUCUGACUCCACUACUAAAUUUAUUAGCCAGUAAUCAAGGUCAGAUCAGUAUGGCUGCUAUGAAUACUGUAGCUGAGGUGCUGAAUAAACUUCUCGUUGUUGGGAUUACUGAUGUAGAUCCAGAUAUACGCCUGUGCGUUCUCGGUUCCCUGGAUGAGAGGUUUGAUGACCAUUUAGCUCAAGCUGAGAACCUGUCAGCACUGUUUGUUGCCCUUAACGACGAGGUAUUUGAAAUCAGAGAGAUUGCCAUCUGUAUGAUUGGACGCUUAAGCAGCAAAAAUCCUGCCUAUGUAAUGCCGUCACUAAGGAAAACACUGAUUCAGGUGGAAAACACAAGUGAGAUGCUUGCUAAUAUGAGUGCCUCGGCCACAUUGGAAGAAUUCUACCCAGCAAUUGCCAUAGCAACUUUGAUGCGAAUAAUCCGAGAUCCAACCUUGUCAAAACAUCACACAAUGGUGGUUCAGGCGAUAACAUUUAUAUUUAAGAGUCUCGGGAUCAAGUGUGUACCGUAUAUUCAGCAGGUUAUACCAGCUUACUUAACUGUGAUACGAUCAGCUGACCAAAAUUUCAGAGAUUUUCUGUUCCAACAGCUUGGAUUAAUCAUAGCCAUUGUGAAACAACAUAUCAAGAACUAUUUGGAUGACAUAUUCAGUCUGAUCAAGGAGUUUUGGACACCAAAUAGUCCAAUGCAGAACACAAUAAUUCUGUUGAUCGAACACAUUGUUACUGCCCUCGGAACAGAGUUUAAAGUGUACCUACCCCAGAUUAUACCCCAGAUACUCAAAGUAUUUAUGCAUGAUUCCAGCAGUCAGAGAGUCGUCACAGCAAAGUUACUGAAUGCUCUACAGCUGUUUGGUGCCAAUCUAGAUGACUAUCUUCAUCUCCUCUUACCCCCAGUUGUAAAAUUGUUUGACUCUACAGAUGUUCCUAUACCAGUUAGGAGAGUUGCCUUAGAGACUAUAGACAGGCUGGCAGACAACUUGGACUUAACAGAUUUCGCUUCUCGAGUGAUACAUCCACUGGCUCGAACCCUGGACAUGACCCCUGAGUUACAGCACACAGCAAUGGACACGCUGUGUGCAUUGAUUAUGCAACUGGGACAAAAGUUCCUCAUAUUUAUUCCAAUGUUGAACAAGAUUACAACAAAACAUAAAAUACAGCAUCAGAGAUAUAACAUCCUUAUGUGUAGGAUACUGAAGGGUACGACAAUAGCUGAAGAGGAGGACGAUCCCAUACUGAUGAAGUACAAGAGAAACAGAUCUAAAGUGGUUGAGUCUGAGAAGAAGCAGAGUGAGCAGACGGUUAUUAAAAAACUUCAUGUCAGUUUCAUCAAUUUACAGAUGGCUCUGGGUGCAGGAAGACGAGUCUCUAAGGAAGAUUGGAUGGAAUGGUUGAGAAGACUGAGUAUAGAGUUACUGAAAGAGUCCCCUUCCCCUGCCCUCAGGUCGUGCUGGGCUCUUGCUCAGUCCUACAAUCCUUUAGCACGAGAUCUAUUUAAUGCAGCGUUUGUGUCAUGUUGGACGGAGCUGACUGAGACACAGCAAGACGAAUUGAUCAACAACCUGGAGCAAGCACUCACAUCCCAGGAAAUACCUGAGAUCACACAGACACUGCUUAACCUUGCAGAAUUCAUGGAGCAUUGUGACAAGGGACCAUUACCCCUUGAAGCUUCACUAUUGGGGCAGCGUGCAAUGAAGUGUAGAGCAUAUGCUAAAGCUCUCCACUACAAGGAAGAGGAGUUUCAUCGAGGCCCAACAACUGACACAUUGGAAGCUCUGAUCAGCAUCAACAACAAGUUACAGCAACCAGAGUCUGCAGCUGGGGUACUCGAGUAUGCCAUGAAACAUCACAGAGCUGAUCUUAAAAUCCAGGAGGGCUGGUUUGAGAAGUUGCAUGACUGGAACCGAGCAUUGUCUGCAUACGAGCAGAAACAGGAGCAGACUCCAGACAGUGUAAACUUAUUGCUAGGGAGAAUGAGAUGUCUUGAGGCUUUGGCAGAGUGGAAUCAGCUACACCAGCUUGCCUGUGAGAAAUGGCCGAUGGUCAGUGAUGAUGUCAGGAGCAAAAUGGCGACAAUGGCAUCUGCUUCUGCAUGGGGCCUAGGUCAGUGGGACACUAUGGAGGAGUACAUGUUAUUCAUACCCCGAACAACAUAUGACGGAGCAUUUUAUCGUGCCGUGUUUGCUGUGCACUCUGAGAACUUCCUGCUGGCACAGCAGUGUAUUGACAAGUCUCGGGACAUACUGGAUACGGAGCUAACAGCCAUGGCUGGUGAGAGUUACAGCAGGGCUUAUGGGGCAAUGGUGAAUGUGCAAAUGUUGUCGGAGCUAGAGGAGGUGAUUCAGUAUAAGCUGGUACCGGAACGUAGAGAAGCCAUCAAACAAAUGUGGUGGGAUAGACUUCAGGGUUGUCAACGGGUGGCUGAAGAUUGGCAGAGGAUCAUACAGGUUCGAUCACUAGUUGUCUCUCCCCAAGAGGACAUCAAAACCUGGCUCAAGUACUCCAGUCUCUGUCGUAAAAAUGGAAGAUUGGCACUGUCUCACAAGACACUGGUUAUGUUGUUGGGAGUUGACCCAAGUAAACAGCCAGACCAGCAGAUACCUACAGUAAACCCAAAAAUAACGUUUGCCUAUCUCAAACACAUGUGGAAAAGUAACCAAAGGAGUGAGGCAUAUGAGAAGCUGCAGAUGUUUGUCCAACAUUCUCUACAAACAAGGUCUCUACAACUCCUAUCACCAGAGGAUGUUCCCCAGAGAACUGAGCUUAAUAAACUAAUGGCAAGAUGUUACUUGAAGCUUGGUGACUGGUCAGAAGCCAAUCUUGGCCUCAAUGAGCAGACUAUACCACAGGUCCUUGAUUACUUUGCUCUUGCCACGGAGCAUGAUAAGAACUGGUAUAAGGCAUGGCACAUGUGGGCACUCAUGAAUUACGAAGCAGUUCUGUUUUACAAGCAGAAAGAUUCGGGAUCACAAAGUCAGGAAAUUAAUUUACCAAUCACACCAAGGCCAGACACGAUAGCAGCAAAAAUUCACAAGUAUUGUGUACCAGCAGUUCAUGGAUUCUUCAAGUCAAUCAGCCUGUCAUCACAGAAUAGUCUGCAAGAUACACUCCGAUUACUGACCCUGUGGUUUGACUAUGGACAAUGGCCAGAGGUUCAUGAAGCACUUACAGAUGGCAUUAAAGCUAUUAAGAUAGAUAAUUGGUUACAGGUGAUACCUCAACUUAUUGCCAGGAUUGAUACAUCUCGUACUCUUGUGGGAAGGUUGAUUCAUCAGUUACUGAUGGACGUGGGCAAGGAGCACCCCCAGGCCCUCAUCUACCCUCUCACAGUGGCGUCUAAAUCUAAUGUUACAGCUAGACAGAAUGCAGCAAACAAAGUGCUGAAGAAUAUGAGAGAACAUAGUAAUACACUGGUACAACAAGCCAUGUUGGUGAGUGAUGAGUUUAUUCGAGUGGCAAUUUUAUGGCACGAGCUGUGGCAUGAAGGCUUGGAAGAGGCAUCUAGGUUAUAUUUUGGUGAGAGGAAUGUGAAGGGAAUGUUUUCUACACUGGAGCCGCUUCAUGCAAUGAUGGAACGAGGCCCACAGACACUCAAGGAGACUUCAUUCAACCAGGCAUAUGGAAGAGAUUUAAUGGAAGCGCAGGAAUGGUGUAAGAAAUAUCAGAGAUCCGGGAACGUGAAAGAUUUGACGCAGGCCUGGGAUCUGUACUAUCAUGUGUUCAGAAGGAUUUCAAAGCAACUACCACAGUUGACAUCACUUGAACUACAGUAUGUUUCGCCAAAAUUAUUACGCUGUCAAGACUUGGAACUAGCCGUUCCAGGCACAUAUGAUCCUAAACAACCUGUUAUAAAGAUCCGCCGUGUUCAAAGUUCCCUGGCAGUCAUUACUUCCAAACAGAGACCUAGAAAGAUUAGUGUCUUUGGGAGUAAUGGACAGGAGUACCAGUUCUUGUUGAAAGGCCAUGAAGAUUUAAGACAAGAUGAACGUGUGAUGCAGCUGUUUGGAUUGGUCAAUUCUCUGUUACUUAGCAACCCAGAGACAUUCCGCAGAAAUUUGACGAUUCAGAGGUUCUCUGUUAUACCAUUGUCCACUAAUUCCGGGCUUAUAGGCUGGGUACCACACACAGAUACUCUUCAUUCUUUGAUCAGAGACUAUAGGGAAAAGAAGAAAAUUCUGUUGAAUAUUGAGCACCGACUUAUGCUGAGGAUGGCUCCAGAUUAUGAUCACCUGACAUUGAUGCAGAAGGUGGAAGUGUUUGAACAUGCACUAGAGCAUACACAGGGAGAUGACCUGGCCAAAAUACUCUGGUACAAGAGUCCAAAUUCUGAGAUAUGGUUUGAUCGGAGGACAAACUACACACGCUCUCUUGCAGUGAUGUCAAUGGUAGGAUAUGUCCUAGGUCUGGGUGAUAGACAUCCCUCCAACCUUAUGUUAGAUCGUAUGAGUGGAAAGAUUAUUCAUAUUGACUUUGGAGAUUGUUUUGAAGUUGCCAUGGUGAGGGAAAAAUUCCCUGAAAAGAUACCUUUCAGGCUUACACGCAUGCUUAUAAAUGCCAUGGAGGUAGGUGCAAAUAUUUUUUUAUGCCUAUUCAGAGAAAAGUGCUUCAAGUGUGGGAGUGUUGGAGAAGGUAGAAGACUUCAGUACAUCUUAAAUGUAGAGAGAAAAAAGUGUUUCAUGGACACAGUUUGUCAUCUGAUAUUUUCUUCAGCACCUUUAUUAUUUUCAGCCACAACCAAAACCAAAGUAAAAACUGCGCGCUCGGAUCCUACUUACUCAGAGAGCAAUAACGAUCAGGGAGAUAACUUUGAGAAUGUUGAGCUGACACAAACUAGUCAUAAAAAAUCUGUAGCGGAGGUGAGCCAGACUGCAGGAGGAGAUAACUCUCAACAAGAGAGCCUCAAUAAGAAGGCUAUAAGCAUUGUUGAGCAUGUACGUGCCAAACUGACCGGUAGAGAUUUCUCCGUGGAGGCACCAGUGGAUGUAGCCAGUCAGGUUGAUUUGUUGAUAAAGCAGGCAACAUCGCACGAGAACCUGUGCCAGUGUUAUAUUGGUUGGUGUCCAUUCUGGUGAGGAAUUCCCAAAGACAAAAUCUGUACUUACAAAGACGUUGAUGUAAUUAUUUUAAUAUGACAAGACAUACAAAUAUUAAAUUAAACACACUAACUUUGACACCUCAUCCAUCUGGCAGUGCUUGAAGUGAAUAAGAAUUUUAGAUUAAAGGCAUAAUGGAAUUUAAAAAACUAUAGCAAACAUAUGUUUAAACACUCAUAUAGGUUGCACGCCAUACAGACUAAUAAACUAGUAGCCCUUGUUCAAUUAUUCUGCUGGUUGUAUAAUCUUUUCUUUUUAUAUGAAUUAAUGAAACCACACAAAGUCUUAUACUGUAUAUUCUUUCCUAAAAUUGAAUGUCUUUUUAGCUCACCUGAGACAAACUUAGAAAAUCAUGGGUAUGAUAAUAUUUCUGUUAAACAGAGACAAAAAAAUCAGAUGAGCGUCUGCACCCGCAAGGCAGUGCUCUUGUUUAGUUUUAGUUUUGAGCUCAAAACUUGUCUGCAAAUACAACCUUGCCAUUUAGGAACAAUUUAAGAAUGAGAACAUGAGAAUUGUAAAAGUAUUGUAUGAACUCUGAGGUAAUAUGGAAAUAUUGUCUACAUUGUAUGAAGAAGUGAAUAAUGUUUGUCAGUGUUGUACUGGUAUUGUUAAUUCUGUGUGACUCUUGGUUACAUCUUGCACAUGUAUUGUAAUUUGUAUAUAAACAAAUGUUUAAUUGCUGUAUGUAGAUAUAACAAAUAUGUGAAAAAGGAUUUGUGUUAUCAAAAAGACGUUUAUAUAUAGUUUCAGAUAUGAAAGCAACUUGUACACAGUUACCACUAUAUAAAUUUUGUAAUCCAGAAACAGAAUAAGAUUGUAUAUAUCAAUUAAAAUGUUUUAUUAUGUACAGUUCUUGUACUAAUUACAUGGCAUGCUACAUGUAAAAAUGCUUUAGCGUGGUACAUGCAAAACUAUUAAAUAUGUUGCAGAAGUGCUUUUUUCUUGUUGAUUGAUUAUGAUGUGAUUUUGGAAUAUAAAUUAUGUUGAAGUGA